AAUUGAGACGCGCCCCUGACUUGAGUCGCUCGAGCCCCUCCUAUAGCUGGAGCUGAGACUGAAACCACUUCCCUGCUGCUGGGAAACCAGUUUUGACUGUACAUACUUGUGGAAUAGAGCAUACAAGCGUGGUGUAAGUUGUUUGUUUUGUUUUUUACGAUGCAUUCGGACACAGUGGAUAUUUCUGCCUCACCGAGAAAACGGAUCGUCUCGCGCGCGAUGAGCGAGGAAGAGUCUCUUCGACACAUAAUAGAGGCUGAAGAGUCACCCAAGCGCUUAUCUCGCAGAGACAGCAGAUAUGGAUCUCUCAGGAGGGGAGACACAAGAGGAAGUCAGAGUGAAGAUGAGCCUGCAGAGAACGCAUCCACGAUGGAGCUACAGCAGAACUACGAGAUGUGUUUAGCUGAGCUACAGAGUGUUGAACUGCGGCAGGAGGUGUUACUUUUCCAGGUAGGGUGUCUCCAGGAUGCCCUGGAGGGAGCUGAGGAGAUGCUCAUUGAGACCAAGAGGGAAGCUCAUCAAAUCAGUAUGGAGCUGGAGCGAGAGAAGGGGCAAAGAAGGAAGUUGGAGAACGAUGUUGAAUUGCUGAUGCAGGAGAUAGAGCGGUUAAAAGAGGAGAAAAUUUCAGUUGCAACUGAAAGUAUAAUACAAGAGCAGAAAGAAUCUGACGUAAUGACAGAUAAACCUGCUGCUGACGUAGUGGAUGGAUGCGUAUCUGAAGAGAUAAAAUCCGAAGACACACCUUCACAACCUACAGGCUCUACAAACAGUUUUGCUACCUUUGCUGCUGCAGCAUAUCUACUGUUCAAGAACAGAAGAUUAGAGCCAAAUUCCUCGAAACAGCCCGCUUCAGAGGGAACCUCGGUGGACCAGGAGGUAAAACCAGACGUGGUUGGCUCUGAACAGACUACAACAGACGGAAGCAGCCGGAAAUCUCAUGACGCCGAAGACUACGACGAGAGCAGUGGCUAUGAAGACGCUCCAUCAGAUUUCUCACCUUCGACUCCUGAUGGGUCUUCAGAUGCAGUGUUGCCAGAAGAUGGAGAGAUCGAAAUGAAGAACAGCAAUGAGGCCAGAAAUGCAAAAGAUCCAGAAGCCUGUCUUCUGUCUUGAAGUGUGAAACCCGUCUGAUUUUGAGACUGCUUUAAGUAUGAAUUCCUGCUGUUUCCAAAAAUGGCCAGAGGGCAUUUUACACUUUUUAUAAAUCUAUGUUUUAGUGCAACUUUAGUCCUAUAUUCAUAAACAUGCUGUAUUUUGCCUGGCACAUUUUGCUGUAUAUGGCUGGAAGUUUUUUUUUAUCAGAACUUGAUAUAUCACUGGGGCAUUUUUGGCUGGAGAAAAGAAAUAAAAAUUACUCUGACCUCAAGCUCAAGCGGGACUUAGUGGGAUUUUAUGUUACUGAAGUUAUGUGUAAAAGCUAAAAUUCGAUGACUGCAAAUCUAAUCUAACCUUCAAACCUGACCUUCAUCUUUGUAACUGUUCAAACAAAUUAUUUAUUCUUACAGAUGAAAAAUUUGUAGUAAGUAUUUCUGUUUUUACUAAUUGGGGCAAUAUAUUCAGGAAGUUCCAGAAAAAACCCACAAAAUGCUUAGCUGUAUGGUAAAUGGUAGUGGGAGAGUAAAUGGUGAUAUCAAACCCAUUUCUGCUAUCCCAGAUGCCCCAAAUGCUUUUUUAUAUGCAUCUAAAAUUUGAAGGAGUAAUCAUAAAGCACUAAAAUUCUGCAUAAGGUGCAGUCUCACACUGUAAGCCAAAAGUGACCUCACAAAUUUUAUAUCAGACUUACAGCCAUGAAAUAAAAAUGUGUUUAUACUGAUUAAAGAUGUCCGAUAAGUCGAUUUCCAUUCCGCUGGCAGAAUGAAACAUUAGUGUACUACCAGUUAAAAUACUUAUUUUCCUUUACACUGCCUAUUAUGUUACAUCAGGAUACAGCUCCACAAUCCAAACCCCAUUUUGAGCAGGUCUAGUGUGAGCGACAGCAGGAAAGCUAAUGUUUGAAUUUGGCAGGAAAAUGGAAAGGAUGACAAUAAUUCUGUGAUGUCAGCAAGCUAACAUCAAAUUCUGGUUAGGUAUAUACGUACAUAACCUGCAUGGCAACAAAGGUCUAAAUCCUGUUUGGUACGACAGAACAGUUUAUCAGACUUGUGAAUUAAAAAGUAGGUAUGCUGAACAUAAUAGCGUUUAAUAGACUUCAUUCAUCUUCAGUAACCACUUCAUCCUGGUCAGGGUUCUGAUGGAUCCAGAGCCUGUUCCACAUUGUAAAUCAUGCUAGCCCCAUUGAGUUAUGUGAACUUGUUUCUUCACUUUUUGUCCAUUUGUCAUGACAGAUUUUAUAUAGUGAAGUCAAAAAAUUAAAACUUCAAGUAAUCCAUUAUCUUAAACACUUAUGUGUUGAAACAAAGUUUUCCUUAGGUUGAAUGUAUGCACAUUUUCAAGGUAGCAAGUAAACUUUAGUAAUAUUUCAAAUGACUUCAAUUUGGGAAACUUUUUCACAUACGGCACUAUUAUUAUUAAACUUCUGUCUAAGCAGGGUUGCAAGAAUCAUCAAAUGAGGCGCUGUAGCUAGAUACUACUGCUGAAAUUUCCAUCUGUAAAUGAUUAUUUAACAGAGCCAGCUGCGAUUUAUAUGAAUUAUUAUUAUUGUUAUCAUUAUUAUUGAUAAUGACAAUAUGACAAUAUUUACAAUAUUGCUCAUUUUUAGCAUUUUUAACUGCUGGCUAAACUGUUCAUUGACAUUUUAUGCUGUAGAAUGUAUAUUUGUCAGCUUGAGUGAUGCACUUGGUUCAUUUUCCUUCUUUGAUUCUGCCCAUCUUGACUCUCUGACUGUACUUGCAAUUGAAUUCGUAUGUUCUCAGGGUGGACACAGAUGCAGAUUUCUAGAAUGCUGUUAUCUAAAUUAGCAAGGCAAGAUCCAUUCCCUGAUAUGUCACAUGAAAAAGCUUGCAUGCUUUUAUUAGCUUAUGUCAGUUUCUCUCUCUCUGUGUGUGUGUGUGUGUGUGUGUGUGUGUGUCUGUCUGUCUGUCUGUCUGUCUGUCUGUCUGUCUGUCUGUCUGUCUGUCAGUGGAACCUCGAAUCAAUCAUUUCCUAAAACAUCACUAACGAUCAUUAUCCUAUUGAUUGUAUAGUCGAAAUUUCUUUUAUUUUGUAAAAUGGUUCUUUUUGGAAACAAAAAGGUUUGUUGAUUUCAAUCAGAUUCAUGACAUCACUGCUAUUUCCUGCUUUAUGUCAGAGCUUGUUACUGAAGAAUGAUGCAUGCACAGAAUAGACAAACGCUCAUGAGAUAAGCUCAUGCAAAUCAUUACAGGCUUUACUAUUCAAUGAACAGUUGAAUAACAAUACAUUCUGCUUAAAAUUUAAUAUUUUAAAAGUUUAUUUUGUUCCAUGUCAGAAUAAGGAAGAAGCUGUUAAUUCAUAUCCACAUUGAAGUGCUGUUUUUAGCUGCUUUUUGUAAACUCAGAGUUCUAUAUAUAAUGUUUUCUGAAUUGUUUUCUGAAAAAAAAGUAAAUAAUAAACUGCUUGGCCAAAUGAAAUACAGUAUAUAUUAAUAGUUCUUUUGACUUGUUCCAUUUCCAGUUGUCAGAUGUUUUUUUUUUUUAGACACAAUCCAGUACAGCAGGAAUCUCUUACAUUUGCACAAUUAGCCAUGUAUACAAAAUUAAACAUUAAGCGUAUUUGCCCUGACUAUUGCAUAUCCUGUGCCUACUGUCUAUACUUGCAUGUAUUGUUUCAUGCUGGUCAUUAUUAAUUAAGUAGAAAGAUGCUGAUAUUAAAAUAUUCUGUCACAAUAAUUGA